GAAAACACUGAAGCACGAAACAGGAAGUGGGAAGCUGCUGAUAAACACAAGUCUUGAAGCAGUGUGACACUUGAGAAAGAAUAGUGUCGCUGAUCGGGGAAGACUUACAUGUCAUCUAAUCACAAAUAUCAUAGAGUUAUAUGAGAUGAAGGGCGCGCUGGAGCUGCUGCAGAGGGUGAGCGCGCACGCAGACGCGUGCUGCUGGUACGUCGCGUGGAACCCGGCGGGAACGCUGCUCGCAUCAUGCGGCGGAGACCGCGCCAUCAGAAUAUGGGGGAAAGAAGGGGACAGUUGGGAGUGUAAGUGUGUCUUGGCCGAUGGACACCAGCGUACAGUCAGAAAGGUGGCAUGGUCUCCCUGCGGGAAAUAUCUGGCUUCAGCCAGCUUUGAUGCCACAACAUGCAUCUGGAAGAAGACUGAUGAUGAUUUUGAGUCUCUGACUGUGCUAGAAGGUCAUGAGAACGAGGUCAAGUGUGUGGCCUGGGCUCCGUCUGGAAACUUACUGGCCACCUGCAGCAGAGACAAAAGUGUUUGGAUCUGGGAAGUGGACGAGGAGGAUGAAUAUGAGUGUGUAAGUGUUGUGAAUUCACACACGCAGGAUGUGAAGCAUGUCGUUUGGCACCCAACACAGGAGCUUCUCGCAUCCGCCAGUUAUGACAACAAAGUGUGUAUUUAUAAAGAGGAGGAUGAUGACUGGGAAUGUAGAGCCACGUUGGAGGGUCACGAAUCCACCGUUUGGAGUCUGGCCUUUGACCCUGAAGGAAGGAGAUUGGCGUCUUGUAGCGAUGAUCGUACCGUGAAGAUCUGGAAGGAGUCGACGGCUGGAGAUGGUUCAACAGAUGAGUCCUGGAAGUGUGUGUGUACCUUGUCUGGAUUCCAUGGGAGAACAGUGUAUGAUGUUGCAUGGUGUCGUCUGACUGGUGCCCUGGCCACAGCGUGUGGCGAUGACGGAGUCCGUGUGUUCAGAGAAGACCACACUGCUGACUCAGAGCAGCCCGUCUUCUUCAUGUCAGCCCAUGUGCCCAAAGCCCACGGUCAGGACGUCAACUGUGUGUCCUGGAACCCGAAGGAAGCCGGGCUGCUGGCCACCUGCAGUGACAACGGAGAGUUUGCCAUCUGGAAGUACAGCUCUGAUUCCUGAGCCGGUGAAUAACACUCGAUCAGACACAUGCACUGAAUGAAUUUCAACUGCUGGAAGUGACAUCAAGGGUCAUAAUGAGGAUUUUUAUUCAGGCUGUGAGUGAGGAAACUGAGUGUAUUGGCAGCACUGGUGAAGUGGAUCGUAAGACAAUAUACUCUUUAACUCACAUCACUCUGUUUUUGAUGGGUCAGUUGUAACUUAUCAGAAUUGUUUUUGACAGUAUGGAUAUAUUUCAGCUUUAUCUGUGGCUUAAAAUACCUUUAGUGCUUUAAAUAAAGUUUCUUGUUGCUUAUUUUUCUUUUUA